UCAGGAUCAGAGUAUGGAAGCUCUGUAUUGUAUCAGCAGCCACAUUGAAAAUGGGCGGUGGAUUAAUGGAACAUGGGUCCAAAUCAUGCUCUUCAUGCUCUGCUCUCUAUAAAAUCACAUAACUUUUUCAUUGGAAUUGUGAGAUUGAAACAAAAAAAGAAAAAGAAAAAUUGAUCUUCACAUUAGAAAAAUUCCUCUUUGUAGAUCUUGGAAGAGAAAAGGAUCUAUGUGUUUCGUGCCCAAAGCCAAAGCAAAAGCAGAGAAUCACUAGUACUCGUCUGUUCAAAUUGGAAUGGGCAGUGAGUGGGGUCAUUUAUAAGGUCAGGAAUUUGGCACUGUGGAGCCAACUCAAUUACUACUCUGCCAACCAAAUCCUUCAGAGCUGACUCACACGGUUAUGCUAAACUUCAAUAAAUUUUCAAGUAUACUCCUCAUUCCUCACACAUGCUUCAACUCCUAGCAGUGCUUAUACUCUCCUGCAGAAGAAAAAUGGAAAGACCAUUUCCUUUGAUUCUGCUAAUUGCCACACUUGUUAUGGCAAUGCCACUUUCAUUUGGGGUGGAAGAAAACCAACUCUCCUAUAACUACUACAUGUUUUCAUGCCCAAACUUGGAAACUGUUAUCCAGAAAGAAUUGCUAAGAGUAUUCCUGCUAAAUCCUACUGCACCAGCAGCAUUUCUCAGGCUCAUGUUUCAUGACUGCCAAGUUCAGGGAUGUGAUGCCUCAAUUUUGUUGGACUCUGAGACCUCUGAAAUGGCUUCUUCAAGAAACUUUGGCAUCAGAAUGAGGGAAGCAAUCAGCAACAUAAAAUCAACAUUAGAAGAAGAGUGUCCAGGACAGGUGUCAUGCGCAGACAUCAUUGUACUAGUUGCUAAGGAAUCAGUGUCUUACACUGGGGGACCCCAAAUUCAGAUCCCACUCGGAAGAAAAGACACCAAAACAACCCCAAGUUUCAAGGAGGCUGAUGCUAAGCUUCCUCCACCGUCAAUACCGGUUGAUGAAUUUAUAUCACUUUUCAAAGGAAUGAGCAUUGAAGAAUCAGUUUCCAUUUUAGGUGCACAUACACUUGGAGUUGGACACUGCUUAAACAUUGUUGGAAGAUUGUAUGAUCCAACACAACGGAACCUGAUGGAUUUGGAGUUUGAAGCCUCACUAAAGAUAGUGUGUCCAGCUGAGAUUCCUCUUACAAACCUCACACCAGUGCCUAAUGACUUGACCCCCGUGAUAUUUGACAACCAUUAUUACAGAGACAUUAUUUUGGGGAGAGGCUUGUUUGGUAUUGACUCCAACAUUUCCAGAGAUCCACGAACAGCACCCUAUGUCGCGAGGUUUGCUGUGGAUCAGAAUUACUUCUUCGAGGUUUUCGCUUCUGCAUUUGUUAAGCUUUCUGCUACCGAUGUUCUCACAGAUGAGCAGGGUGAGGUCCGAAGGCAAUGCAACCAGUUAAAUUAAACUAAUGGAGUGAAUGUUGUUCUGUGGUAUCUUCUUGAAGUAUACAUA